GCGAAGGCGGGUCCGGUCGGAGGUCUGGCAGUCCGUGACAGAGCCGGGCGCCCACGGCCCGAGCGCCCCCGGCAGCACCAUGCCGGCGCUCCUGGAGCGCCCCAAGCUUUCCAACGCCAUGGCCCGGGCGUUGCACCGGCACAUCAUGAUGGAGCGGGAGCGCAAGCGGCAGGAGGAGGAAGAAGUGGACAAGAUGAUGGAACAGAAGAUGAAGGAAGAGCAGGAGAGGAGGAAGAAGAAGGAGAUGGAGGAACGAAUGUCACUAGAGGAGACCAAGGAACAAAUCCUGAAGUUGCAGGAGAAGCUGUUGGCCCUACAGGAAGAGAAGCACCAGCUUUUCCUGCAGCUCAAGAAAGUUUUACACGAGGAGGAGAAACGGAGGCGAAAGGAGCAGAGCGACCUGACCACUCUGACGUCAGCCGCGUACCCGCAGAGCCUGACGGUUCACACAGGCACACACCUCCUCAGCAUGCAGGGGAGCCCUGGAGGACACAGCCGCCCGGGCACCCUCAUGGCAGCCGACAGGGCCAAACAGAUGUUCGGACCCCAAGUGCUGACAACCCGGCACUACGUGGGCUCGGCAGCAGCUUUCGCGGGGACCCCAGAGCACGGUCAGUUCCAGGGCAGCCCUGGUGGGGCCUAUGGGACCGCUCAGGCCCCACCGCACUACGGACCCACACAGCCGGCCUACAGCCCCAGUCAGCAGCUCAGAGCGCCUUCGGCGUUCCCAGCAGUGCAGUACCUAUCUCAGCCGCAGCCCCAGCCCUACGCGGUGCACGGCCACUUCCAACCCACCCAGACAGGCUUCCUCCAGCCUGGCGGUGCCCUGUCCUUACAGAAGCAGAUGGAACACGCCAACCAGCAGACCGGUUUCUCAGACUCUUCCUCCCUGCGCCCCAUGCAUCCCCAAGCUCUGCAUCCAGCCCCGGGACUCCUUGCCUCUCCCCAGCUCCCUGUGCAGAUGCAACCGGCAGGGAAGUCGGGCUUUGCAGCUACCAGCCAGCCUGGCCCUCGGCUCCCCUUCAUCCAGCACAGCCAGAACCCGCGAUUCUACCACAAGUGAUCUUCAGACUGUCUUCUCGCUGACCCCCAGCCCCCGCUAUGGGUGAGGGUCGCUGGUGUGUCCCAGCCCAAUAAAAUCCACCUCACCACC